GGCGCUGUGGCGGGAGGCGGGGCUCGGGGCGGCCAUGGUGUUCCUGUCGCUGUCCCACUGGAUACGGAGCCGCGGCCCCGACCGUUACUGGAGGGUCCAGGAGGUGCUGCAGCACGCGCGGCAUUUCCGAGGAAGAAAGAACCGAUGCUUCGGGCUGGCAAUAAGAUCGGUGAGGAGAGCCUUCCUGUACUCCACGAAUGCGAGGAAGAGGAAGAAGAGGAGCAUGAGAAUGCUUUGGAUAGGCAGGAUCGCAGCUGCCUCUCGUGAGCACGGAUUGAAGUAUCCCAUUCUGAUCAGUAACCUGGUUAAGUGUCAAGUAGCGCUCAACAGAAAAGUACUGGCUGACCUAGCUAUAUAUGAACCAAAGACCUUCAAAUCCUUGGCAGCACUAGCAAAGCGAAGGAGAGAGGAAGGUUUUCUGGACGCACUGGGCGAUGGGAAGGAACCCGCUGGAGUCUUCUCACGUAUUGUUCAUCAAAGUUAAUGGAAUAAGCUGCUGCUGCUUUGGUUUCUGUAAAUUAUUACCUUUAUUUCUUGAAUUUAUUAUGCUGCACAUUUCGCUCGCUAUUGAGUGAAAGCUUUAGAGAGCAACAAUAAAAAAAAUGGACCUGA